GAUCUUCCUGAGAGGGAAUCUUCGCUUAAGCAAACUCAACUGGUACAUCACUUCUCUUGCUGUAGCGGAUGCCUUGGUUGCUUAUGUAAUCUCUGCGCCAUGACGGUUGACCGUUACCUCGCCAUCACGAAACCCUUGUACCACAGAGUCAAGACAUCGGAAAGGACUGUGGCCAUUUGGAUCACGAUCUCGUGGCUUUUUCCUAUUAGUUUGCGUGGUAUUGUCUUCACUCCCGUUUAUUAUCUACAUAAGAGAGAAGCAUUCAAGUACUUUCUUCCUGCGAUGAUUAUAAUAUUUGAGGUUCUUCCUUGUUUACUCAUUUUAUUCGCUGCCGUACGAAUUAGCAUAAUUGCUAAAAGGGAACAAACAAAACACAAAAACAGGUCGAAAGGAAAAGCCAAAAUGGAGAAUCAGCGAGAAGGACCAAGAGCUUUAAAGAUGAUAUUGAUGGUUGCGUUUCUCUUUGUAUUUUGUUAUGCCUUGGAAGUUUAUUACACGAUGUGCAAAAAUGUUUUAAAACUCUGCGAUGACACUGAAAUACUUCAAAUGAUUCGUCGGCUCUUACUGAUUGCGAACUCGGCAAUGAAUCCAUUUGUGUACACUUUCCUUAGAAAAGAUAUAAAGGAAGAAGUAAAGAAACUGAAAUUGUUUUGUAGAAAGGAAAAAUCUGUAACUAGAAAGGAAACAGAAGUAGAUUCUGUGACACUCUAUCCAGAAAGUCUGGAAAGGGAAGCACGCUGAAAUGUGAAUUUUGUAUAAGAGACCAUUUAAUACAUUUCGUGGAACGCGU